UAAACCAUGGGUUGCAGAUUCAUGCUGUAGUGUUAAAGAUUGGUGUUUUUAUGGAAGAAAUAGUGAGGAAUACCUUGUUGGACGUAUACUCAAAGCUUGGAGACAUGGAAGAAGCUUGGCAUUGCUUCGAAGAGAUGGGGAAGUUGGGUGAUGAUGUCUCUUUUAAUUCUUUGAUUGCAGGUUAUGCAAGGCUUGGAAAGGGGGAAUUAUCUCUGGUUUUAUAUGUUCAGUUUCUUAGAACUGGUCUGAGAAUCUCUCAAUUUACAUUUGCCGGAGUUCUUAGUGCUUGUGCUGGAAUUUCAGGCCUUGUUGAAGGCAAGCAAAUUCAUGCUCUGGUCUUCAAGACUGGUUUCGAGGGCAAUGUCUUUGUGGCCAAUGCAGUUAUGGACAUGUAUGCAAAAUCAGGGGAGCUUGAAAGUUCUUGGAGAGUGUUUGUGGGCAUGCAUCAUAGGGAUAACAUUUCAUGGAAUGGCUUGAUCAGUGGGUAUAGUAGAGAGGGCUUAUCAGAGGAAGCUAUGAAUUUGUUUAUAGAGAUGUUGAAAUAUGGAGUUGCUCCCACCCACUUCACCUUUUCGAGCAUUUUGAGCUCGUGUGCUAGUAUUGGUAGCUUGUUACUCGGUAUGCAGGUUCACUGCAAAACCAUCCAUUGUGGGCUCGAAUCCGAUGUAUUUGUAUCUAAUGCUAUCAUUGAUAUGUAUGCAAAAUGUGGGUCAUUAGAGUCAGCAAUGUUUGUUUUCAAUGAGAGGUCUAACCUCAACACCAUCUCAUGGACGGCCUUGAUUGCUGGUUAUGCACAAAAUGGGUUCAAUGAAGAAGCCAUUAAACUCUUCACCCAUAUGCUCAAAUCAGAUUUUAAACCAGACAAUGGCACCUUCGCUAGUGUGCUCAGUUCCUGUGCGAGCCUAACUGCUCUUAAUUAUGGCAAACAGGUGCAAGUCCAUGCCAUAAAACUUGGUUUUGAUUCAAAUAUAUACACCGCGAGUUCUCUAGUUAGUAUGUAUGCUAAAUGUGGCGACAUGAAAGAGGCAUCGAAGCGCUUUAGUGCAAUGCCCAUUCGCAAUUUGGUGACAUGGAAUGCCAUUAUAGCUGGCCACGCACAUAAUGGAGAGGGUGAGAAAGUGCUUGAACUAUUCAGAACAAUGGUAGAACAGGAUGGCAUUGCCCCUGACCAUGUCACAUAUGUGAAUGUGCUCCAUGCAUGUAGCUAUGCAGGGAUGGUCGAGGAAGGGUAUUGGCACUUCAGGUCCAUGAGUGAAGAUUUUGGAAUUUCCCCUUACCCUGACCAUUAUGCAUGCAUGGUUGAUCUGCUAGGGCGCUGUGGCCGGCUCGAUGAGGCCGAGGAGUUUGUGGAGUCCAUGCCUAUUGAGCCUGAUGGGGUAAUAUGGGGGGCCUUGUUGGGCGCCUGCCGAACCCAUAGGCAUGUUGAGCUAGCUGAACGAGCAGCGGAAAGGCUCUUUGCCAUUGAGCCAAUGAACUCUGUUGGCUAUGUGCUAUUGGCUAAUAUAUAUUCAGCUUGUGGCCUAUGGGAGGGGGUUGCAAGAGUGAGGAAGAUGAUGCACGAGAGGGGAGUGAAAAAGGUGACAGCUUGCUCUUGGGUCGAAGCCCAAAUGGGGGUUCAUGUUUUUGUGUCCAAUGAUCGGGUCCACCCAAGACUAAGGGAGAUUCAUGAGAAGCUUGAGGAGUUGGGAGAGGAAAUGAGGAGAUUUGGGCAUGUUCCUGAUAAGAGCUUUGUGUUGCAGCAAUUGGAAGAAGAGCAAAAGGUGCCAGCUUUGAGCUAUCAUAGUGAAAAGUUGGCAGUGGCGUUUGGGCUUAUUAGUAUUGAUGCUCCAGCACCCAUUAGGGUUAUGCAGAAUCUGAGGGUCUGUGGGGAUUGUCACAGUGCUAUGAAGCUUAUAACACGGAUUGAAGGGCGAGAGAUAAUCCUCGGGAACUCCACCCGAUUCCACCAUUUCAACGAUGGAAUAUGUUCUUGUGGGGACUAUUGGUGAAGGUAAAGAAAAACCGAAUCUUCCUCUAAACAAGCAUGCCAUUCAAAGUCAAACUGGACAAGUAGAACAUGACUGUACCUUACAAAGACCGUUCUACCUCUUCAGACAAUGCCGUUAGCGUCUUUCCUGUUUGUUUGUUGUUUCUGUUGCUUUGUUUGUCUUUGUCAUUGUGUUGUCUGCCGACAUGGACUUUUUAUGUCUACCUUCAAGUGUGUGUGUGUAUGUAUGUGUGUGUAUGAGAGAGAGUAUUAUGGAAGACAAAAAAGCAAGAGAGAGAGA